AAACUUUUCAACUACAAUAAAAACUCAUUUCAGUAUUUUUUUUAUUUACAACCAAUUUGAUUCCAUUAGUUUAUUAAAUUUAACUUAUUUGAGCAGUAGUGACUAAACAUGGCCAGACCGCGCGGUAUUUUGGCUCGUGCUUUGUAUGACAAAUAUCAUAAUGAUGCAUAUAUUGAGAAUUAUGACAUGAAACUGUGGUACAAAUUGCCAAAUGACGGUAAAGAAAUCAUCGACAGAUUCCGUUCCAAAUUUUUCAACCUUUCUGAACCAGAUCCGAUUACACUCCAUUGGAUUUCACAGUCCAAAUCUAAAUCAGCUGAUUUGUGGCUUCAAUUGUGGCACAUUAUCUGUAAAGCAAUUCUUAAACUAUUUCUGACACAAACUUGUUGUAAUGGACUGUUGAAGAGGGGAUCCAUGUUUAUUAUGUCGGAAGUACAAUUUGCCAACUUUUUGCAUAGUGGAGGUUUCCAAUUUGGCAGCGAUUCUCAUGUAGACUUUUUAGAUGUUGGUGCUGGUGAUGGUGAAAUAACCCUUCGACUAGCACAAGCACUAACCCACCUCAAUAGUAAUAUCUCACUAAAUGUAUAUGCAUCUGAAUCGUCGUACAUUAUGAAGGACCGACUGCGUGAGAAAAACUUUACAGUCAUCAAUGAUAUUCGAUCGCUUGAAAAUGUUCAUUUGAUAAGUGCACUAAAUGUGCUGGAUCGAUGUAGUGAUCCGAAGACAUUACUUAAUGACAUUCAUCAAAGUUUACAUCCCAAUGGACGUGCGCUCUUAGCGCUGGUGCUACCGUACAAUCAUUUUGUAGAGAGAAGCUCAUCUCACCUUCCAGUUGAGCCGCUUUUAUCUCACUGGCCUGCAAAGUCACUGCCAUUCAACGAAGAAAUCAACAUUUACUUUCAAACACUCGAGUCGAUGGGUUUUCGUAUCGAAAGUUUCACAAAGUCAGCAUAUUUGUGUGAAGGAGACUUGCGGCAGUCAUUUUAUUGGCUUAUUGACAUUUUAGUUAUUGUAUCAAAAGUUUAACAUUCGGACAAAUAAUUAAGCUUAGAUAAAACAAUUUAGAUUACACAUUUAGGGAUGAUUGCUUUGUACGAACUAGGUUUUCCAUUGAAUUUAACCUAAAACAUUAAAAUCGUAAAAUCAAGGGCAUGUAAGAUUUUUUUGAGAAUAAAUGAAACUAAUGUAAAGUAACCAGAUGGAUCCUAUAAACUGGGCUAGCGUAUACAAAGCAAUCAAUCCUUUUUAUUGAGUUUUGCAACUUUUAAAUUUUUUGUUUGAAAUUUUUUUAAACUUUCCUAUAAUUUUUGUACUUUAGUCACUUUAGUUUUAAAUAAAUCAAUCUUUAUUUCCGUGAUUCCACAUUUUAAGUUUAAUGCAAUUUUUCUUUUUAAUAUCUUUAUUUAAAUUAAUUUUUAAAAAGUGUUAUUAUAUUUAUAAAAAUCAAGAUUUAAUAAAAAUGGCACGAACAUCCACGCCUUAAAAAAUAGCUCAAAUUCAAGUUACACUUUCACGAUUUGAUAAAAAUAUAGAAUUUCACAUUAAUCUGAAAGUUUUACUUUUGAUAAAAAAUCGCAAGCAUUCUGAUCCACAAAAUAUGACUGCAUUUAACAUACUUAGAUUCUGCAGUUUUUAUGCCAAAAUUAAUAGGAUCUUGAAUUAAUAACUUUUACGCUUUUGCGUAAACAUUAAAAAACUAUUCGAAAUAAUUCCAAUUUUUUUCUUAAAAAUGAGCUUUUGCGAGAAAUAAAUUUAAACAUGUGGAAUAAAAAACAGAGUUUUUCUCAAAAUAAAAUUAUAAAUUUCAAUAUUCAAAAAAAAAAAUUAUCGAUAUCAAAAUUCAAAAAUAGAUUAAAUUUAAAUAAAGUUUACAAAUCAACAAAUGUGCUACAAUUAAGAUUUAAAUUUUAAAAUAAAGUCAUAUGUGUAAAUAAAAUUAAAUAAAUGAGAAUAAAUAAAAUUUACGAAUAAUUUAAUUACUAGUCUUGAUUAGUUGAAAGAACUAAAAUCAUAUAAUUCGUAACUGAGAAUGGAGGUGAAUGAAAGUAUAACCAAGCUUUAAAUAGUCAGACAAAUGAGUAUUAACAGAAGUUGAUGGAUUUAGAGUUUUUGUAGAUGGCAAAAGAUCAUGCAGACGUCCUAAGAACUCUUAAAAAGAAGCUGUUGACAGAGACAGUAUUGCAUUUGGUAUGGAUAAUUCGCAAACGGUAGCCUGCGAUGAAGCCAACUUGAUGAGGCCAUAGAUCACAAUUGAUCUGUACGGCCAGCGAAGUAAGUAAGUAGUGGAUAUAGAAUAGUGACUUGAAAGUCAAGAAUCAUGAAAUAAUUCUGUAAUAUAGAGAAAUGUUUCUGAAGUAAAUACGAGUCGACUUGAGUUCGCUUCGUUCGAUAGAAGUUUCAAGUCUACUUGACUUCAAGUCUACCUGACUUCAAAUCUACUUGACUUCAACUCUACCUGUCUUCAAGCCUACUUGACUUCAAAUAUACUUGACUUCAAGUUUACUUGAUUUUUAAGACCACUUGAAUUCAAGACUACUUGAGAUAAUUAUCUGUAUAAAUCAUAAUACUUUUGAUCAAGGAAGUCAAAACUUCCAAAAUAUGUAAAAUACUCCAAAACUGAUUGUCGUGUCGGCACAAUAACCAGAAUCAUACAUAACUAAAACAGCCUUUCUAAAGUAAAUUCAGAAUGAACAGCAUUAUUACUUUCAAUAUCUAAACUUUCCCUUCGUUUUAUCCAAACAGCAUCUCCAAACAUCAUUGAAAUAAAUUUGCAAUUUCUUUUAUAUUCUGAAAACUUUUCCUUGUCUGAAUAGAAAAUAUCCUCGAUAAAACUUUUCAAUUCCUGGAUUGUUUCAGUUUGUGUGUCAAAAUUUCCAAUCUCUGGAUGAAAAUGUUCUAAAAAGGCCUCCAAAAGGUUUGAUUUAUUCAAAAUAUUUGUUGACUGUUGGUAAAAAUGUUUAAAUUUUUUGAAAGUUUUUAAAUCAUCCAAUGCUAUUGAUUGAAGAAGGACAUUGGACCUGAAGAUUUCUAUGAAUAAUUCUUCAAACUCUUUGAGUAUCGGCUCGGUUAAAUGGACAAAAUUACUCGAAAGUCGAAAAUGAUUCCCAAAAAUCUUUUGAAAAUGAAUCCCAUCCCAGGAAUUUGAAUAUUUAUGAAAUAGAUUUUUGUAUAAUCUGAAGACUUCCGUGCUAUUUGACUGAAUUGCUCGAACCAGAAGAUGUGUGUCUGUCCUGUAAUUACGAAACAGAAGUUUCCUGAUGUCAUCUCCAUUUUUAUUCAGCAAAACUUCAAUUUUCUGUCCCAAAUACUUCAAAAACCCAAAUUCUAUUUCAGAUUGCCAAUAAAUCCCACCAUUAAGAAGUUCUAUUAGGAAUUUGAGGACUUUAGCUCGAAUUUGAGAGGUUAAUGUGAAACUAAUGAGGUUGAUGGUUAUGUCGUAUUGAAUAUAGUGAAGAAUGUUAUGGAUUAUGGCAAGGUAGACAUGCCUUGAAAUGCUUUUUUUGACCAGAACCAUGUUAAAGUAUGAUUCAUGGAUUAUUUGACGUUCUUUGUUGCUGUAGUUCUUUUCCAUAAGACUUAAAAGUUUCAGUAAGUUUUUAUUAAAAUUGUCGUAGGUUUUAUCAGAUUUGUAGCUAUCUAGUUCUUCAUUUGACACCAAGCUAUGUCUACAUUGAUCAAGAAUCAUAUGCCAGCAAACUCCAAAAAUAUUCUCAACAACUGCAAAAAUAUCUUCUAAAAGACUGACUGCUUUGUCAAUAUUGAUCAUCUCCGAAGGAAUUGAAUAGUUUUUAAAGGUUUUGUAAUUCAAAAUAUUUUUAAUUAAAUCACUAUCGUUAGUCCAAGAGUUUUUAAAAUGAAAUAAUGUCUUUUUGAACAGAUCUUCCUUCUCAUUUAAUAGCCAUAAUUUCUUCAAUGUUUCUGGUUCGUAUAUAAAAAAUGUCGACCAAUAUUCCAACGACUGAAUUGAUUUAAAUUCAUAAGAAAAUUUGUGAUUUUUUGGAAAUUUUGCAAUUAUUAAUUCUGAAAUUUUCUUAUGAACUGGACAAGGAUUCACAUAGAGUUCAUUUUUGAUAUAACUGAAUAUAAAGUUCCUGACAAUAAUGAACUCAUUAAAUUCACCAUCAAUAAGUUCCAUAACUUUGAAUAUUUUCUCAAAUUCUUCAUCUUUUGUUCCUUCAUCUGAUCUGUACACAAAGGAAAUGAUGAAAUCAGCGACAAAAAAUUCAGCAUAAGUUCUAUGGAUGAAAUCAAUAGAGCUAUUGUCAUCUCUGAUGUCGACUGUUAAGAAUCCAUAGCGUUGUAUCUUUUCGGAUGUAAAGUUUAAUUUUCUCUUUUUCCACUCUUUUAAUAUCACGAAAUCAUCGAGCUUGAUUCCAUACCUCUGUUCAGAGUCUUCAGUAAUUAGCAACUUAAUUGCAAAAACUUGAUGAACUUUCUUCAAUGAAAACUCCUCAAAAGGAUCUCGGUCAUUAAUUGCAACUCUUUUAUCAACUUUUCUCUUUUGCUUGUCAAUCAUUUUCUCAUAAAUUCCACCAAAACUUGUUGAAAUCAUGUCAAUUUCACCUUCUGAAUAAAGUUCAGAGAAUAUUCCAACUAAAAGUGGAUUGUUGAUAUAAAAUUGACCAUUUGAUCGGACUUCGAUCGUUUUGAAAAAUUUUUCAAAAUCAUCAAUAGCUUUUGACAGUAAAUCUUCUUUUGUGAUGUUAAAACUCUUUAAUGUUUCAACUACAGAUUGUCUUCUUUCUAAUUCAGUGAAUGGGAUGAAGUUGUGAAUUAAGAUUCCUAGCAUUUCUGCCAUUUGUAGAGCAUGCUGAGGGCGUGUUGAAAUCCAAAGUUGGUUUUUUGUGUUGUAUCUAAAAUUUAAAUUCAAUUGUUUUAAGCAUGCUACAGACUUUAAGUAGAUCUAGCGUUCAAAUAUUUUAAAACCGUUAAAAAUGUGCAAAAUUUAAGGAUUUUAAGCAUUAAUAUUUAAAUUCUAUUAAUUUUGUUUGGAUGAUUUUAACUAAAUAAGAAGCACGACAUAAAAUUUGUUUGACCAAACCUACUUUUAACGUUAGCUUUUGCAAGAAAUCAAGAAAGUUCAAAUCCCCUCGUGCAUAAACGGGUGAAAAAAUUUCAUUUAAUUAAUUAAAUAGUUUCCAAGUUAAUUAUAGUUGUUUAAACUAUUUAUUUAAGUACACGGUGCUGUCUGCUGCCCAUUGGGAAUGGAGAGACACAAAAGGAAGCAGGAUUUAAGUCCAAAAAUGGACUUUGACGAAAUCCCGAGUGGAUCAAAACAAAAUCUCAAGAAACAAAAAAAAAACGAGUUCCAGAAAAAAAAACUCCACGGCGGAACCUGAAGUUCCAGUAACAGCUGCAAAGGCUGAAAAGCCUUUGUUCAUCCAGCAAAAUAUUAAUGAAGUGAGAAAAAUAAUUUCACAAAUCAAUUUGCAGGUUAAGCCUGCAUUUAAAAUUUCAUCAGCGGCUACAACACAAGUCAUAGUCAAAAAUGUUGAGGACAAGGCCUCAAUAAUCAGCGUAUUGCGGUCUCAAUGCAUCCCAUUUCAUACUUUCUCCGAGAAAUCGGAGAAAACAAAGUCAUUCGUUCUGAAAGGAUUUUACGAAACACCAACGAAUGAAGUACUAAGAUUACUUCAAGAAGCCAAGGUUUCAGCUGUCAAAGUGACAAUUCUAGUCAAGAAGCCCGAGUUCACCUUUUAUCUUGUGCAUUUUCAAGAUGAAAGUGUGAACAUCAACGUGCUCAAUCAUAACCACCGUAACAUCGACAACAUCAUCGUCAAGUGGGAGAACAUCAAGAAGGGCAACAAAAGCCCAACGCAGUGCUUCAUCUGCCAACGUUGGGGUCACUCAUCUCAAAAUUGUGGAUAUAAGUUCCGAUGCGUCAAGUUCACGGAAGUUCAUGGAUCAAAUCAAUGUCAACGAUCCACUCGUGAUGGAAAUGCCAAGUGCAUUAAUUGCAAUGGCGAUCAUGCUGCCAGUUAUAGACUGUGCCCAUCGUUCAUUUUGUAUUCCAAAAGAAUCGAAAAGUCAAGAGCCAAACCACAACUCAAAAUGCUGCCACAGAUAUCAAGUCUUUUGGACAGUAACAAUUUUCCAUCGUUAAGCAAACGACAUCAAGUUUCUGCUCAUUCACAUCCAGUGAAUGCUGCAAGUAACUCAUCAGCAACAUUUAAAGAAGAGAUUAAUCAGCAACAACUGAUCAAUAAUAUCAGUUAUGCAGAGAAACUCAACGAAGCAGUAAAGAAUGAAAGCCUUUUCAAGAAAUUCACAGAAGCUCAAGAACGUCUAAAGAGAAUCCCCAACAUUGAAGAAGCAAUAAAUCAGUUCUGCAGUUUCGUCGACGAAGCCGGAAAGAUCCCAAUGGAUGCACCUCAAGGAACUGCAUUUAAACUCAUAGUGAAGUAUGGCUUCAUAAGCUUAAAAAAAGCUUUUUUUUUCUCGCUCGACAAUUUUUUUAAACUUUUUAUGCCACAUUUUCAUGAUAUAUGUAAAUCUCAUUCAUCAAAAUUAAUAAUUAAUCAAGAUAUAGUUGAAUUAAAGCCAUAUUCAGGCUGGUGUCAAAAUAAGACUCAAUGAAAUGUAUUAAACUACAGUAAUUCCAAAUUUGAAAUGAAGAAAGAUUACUAUCUGUUUUGCAAGAAAUCAUUGAAAUUUAACGGUUUUUUGAAAUUCAAACCAAAAAAUAACUGUUUUUCGACUUGUCCGCAGCAUGGUUUUAAGGAUAUAUUUUUGACUUUUAUUAGGGACCGUUCACUUAUGACGACCAUAAAAACCCUUAAGUUUUAGAAUCCCCUAUCUUCCUGUCGCAGAUGUCAAUACCCC